UGCGAAGAAUCGCGGCGCUGCGACUUCCCAGUCUCCGUGCCGUGUGGUGUCCGCCCCCGCACUGUGCACCGCUGGGCCGUGAUGAAUAUGUAAAGUUAAUAUUAACCUUUCACCGGACUAGUCCAAAACAUCCUUAGUCCGCCUGUUGAGAAGAUGGCGACUGGAGUUGACAUCCACGGGAAGUUGGCGGAGUAUCGAGCUAGGAAAGCCAGGGAGUACAGAGAGGAAACACAGAAACGGAACUUCUGGGGAAAUGUGGGAUAUGUGCAAGGGGACACACAGGAACAGGAGGUGAACAGAAAUAGCCGCCUGAGAGUGCCACAUCAGAUCACCAGGAUCCUGGGCCAGAACACCUCCCUCCUGACCAAUCCAACAUUCCUCAAGUUUGUCCUGUGGCUCAUUCUGCUGGGAUUCUUCAUAGAAAUGGGAUUUGCAGCUGUGUAUAUAGUUCUGUCAAUAUUCUAUGUCAUGUAUGUAAAUAUGAGGAGUGGAGGUCGUGGUCCUGGGGAGCUGAGUGCCUACUCUGUUUUCAACCCAAACUGUGAGAGGUUACAGGGAACACUGACUGCAGAGCAAUUUGAGAGGGAACUGAAAUAUAAGAAACUUGAUGAUUGAAUGUACAAGUGUAAAUAAAAUGAACCAAAAUAAAUUUACACUAUAAAAAAUA